AUGCAUUCUGAAUAAAUUUCCAAAAUAUCUAAAAAAGUCAAAAAAAACCAAUUAAACUUUAGAAAAACAACAAAAACCAUAAAGGAUUAUAAAAAAGUGUUUGAGUAUAUUCUGUUGCCAAAUUGGUCUAUAAAAUAAUUAGAGACAUGUUAUGCUAUUGCCAUAAAUAAUAUUAACACACUUUGUAUAGUUGCAAUGUGUUCAGCUAUCAAAAUAAUCCAAUUACCAUAAAUUUAGAACAAAUCAAAUUAUGCAUUCUUAGAAAACAAACCAGAAUAUAUUUAACUACAAAUUCUGGAAGGAAUACACACAAACUUAGUAAGCACAUUAAAUUUUAUGUCAAAAACUGAGAAUCAUGAUUAAUUUAUCUCUGGUUCAUUUGAUGGAAGAAUCAUUAUAUGGACGCCGAAAAAAUUAGAGGAAAAUCAGAUUCAACAAAAAUCAUGGAGUGCUUAAUUUAUUUUGUUAGGGCAUGCUUCUUAUGUGAACUGUUUAAUUUUACAAAAUGAUGAAAGUUUUAUCACUGGAAGUUGCGAUAAAACUAUUAAAGUGUGGAAAUAUCAAAAAAUGAAAAAUUUUUGGUCGUGUUCACAAACCAUAUUUGAGCAUACUGAUAUAGUUUUAGGAUUAUCUAUAAGUGAAGAUAAAAAACAAUUAGUAUCUAGCGGAAGAGACAAAAUAAUAAUAAUAAUGAAAUUUACAUCCAAUGGCUAAUUAUAAAUAUGUCAGAAGAUUUAAGUAGAUGUAGGAGGUAUCAGAAUAACAUUCAUUACAAAUGAAUUGUUUAUGGUACUUUAAGAAUCAUCAACUCAUCUUCAUAUUUACAAAGCCACAAGGAAAGGCAUUUAUGAGAAGUAUUAAGAAUUUCCAGUUUCAGGAGGAGGUCAAGGAUGUGACUAUUAUUUUCCAGCUUAACACAUCAAGCCGCUGAAUCUUUUGGUUCUAAAAAACGGGAGAUGUGUAAACUUGAUUCAAAUUUCUAUUAAUCCUAACAAAUAAGGCUUAUUCAUUGAAUGCAAUUUAGAACAAGUUAUUACAUUUGGAAAACUUGAAGUCUCGAAAACUUAUGGAACCAUGAGUAAUAACGGCGAAUUAUUGGUGACAUGGAAUUCGACUUCAAAUUAACUGUAAUUUAGAAUAUUAAAAAAUUGGAAUGAAAAAAAUCAAAAUAUUUGA